UAUAUAAGGGGGAGGGGUGAUGAGUGCGGGUCAGCGUCUGUCUUCACCUCUCAGUCAUGGACAUCACCAUCCAGCACCCCUUGUACAAGCGUGCCCUGGGGCCCUUCCACCCCAACCGAAUCUUCGACCAGAUCUUCGGAGAAGGAUUCCUCGACUUUGACCUCUUCCCUUUCUUGUCUUCCACCGUCAGCCCCUUCUACAGGCACAGCCUAUUCCGAGGAUUCCUGGACUCCGGCAUCUCUGAGGUGCGCUCAGACCGGGAUCGUUUCACCAUUAGCUUGGACGUGAAGCAUUUCUCUCCCGAGGAUCUGACUGUGAAGAUUGUGGAUGACUAUGUGGAGAUCCACGGGAAGCACAACGAGAGGCAGGAUGACCACGGCUACAUCUCCCGGGAGUUCCACCGCCGCUACCGCCUACCCUCCAACCUGGACCAGUCCUCCGUCAGCUGCUCACUCUCUGCUGAUGGCAUCCUGACCUUCAGUGGACCCAAAAUGAUGUCCGGCCUGGACUCCAUCCACAGCGAGAGGCCCAUCCCCGUGUCCCGAGAGGAAAAGCCCACCUCCGCCCCCUCCUCCUAAAUACGAGGGGUCCCCCGGAGCCCGCUCAUCAU